UUGUAAACAUAAGAUAGUUGAGGUUAAUUGGUAAUUUCUUUAAGUAGAAGGUAUCACUAACAACUAUUAGUUAAAUAAAAAUGAAAUCAUUUUAAAAUAUCUUUUGGAUUAAAAAAUGGAAUAAUAUAUUAAAAUAAAACCCAAUUUUAUUUUGGUGUUGCUAAAUAAAUAAAAACGGAUUAAUAAAUUAGAGAUAAUGCUCUUAGAACAUGAUUCAUUGAUAUGUUUAACAACUCUAAUGGAAAACCUAGAAACCAACGUUUUCGUUUUGCAUGAUCUGGAAAAACUGAUACUGUAGGGUUUUCUUGCUGACAUUAGUGUUUGACUUGCUAAUGUCCACUGUUCUUUUUGGUAUUUAGGAAGUAAAAACACUGUUCAAUAUAUAGCUGUUUGGGAUGGUCAACAACAAAAUAAGAUCACUGACUCCCAAAUCUACACGAAACACUAGAAAUAGGGAGAAAACCCCUCAAGUGAAGACACAGCAUAAAACACUUGUAAAUAUAAAAGACACACACACACGUCAGAGAAGAAACGAGAACAAAGAGAGAGAGAGAGAUUCAACUUCCACAUAGAACCAUGGGAGCAGAAAACGAAGCCGAGCAACAAGAGAACUUGACAGCAAUGAAACUACCGGUACUACCGAUUAAACCUAACAGUCACAGCCACUCUAUGUCAUCACCCAUUCACAGUUCCAUAGCAGCGUCUGUCCCCUUUAGCUGGGAAGAAGAGCCCGGCAAGCCCAAGCAACACUCUUCUUCUUCUUCUUCAUCCUCUUCCUCACCAUUAACUUCUUAUUCGUCAUCUUCUCCUCAAACCCACAAGUCCUUGGAGCUACCACCAAGGCUACACUCACUUGAAAAGGAUGGAGGAUCACUUACCAAACUGAACUCACCCAUCACUGUCUUUGAUGGACCUUACAGCAUGACGAGAUCAAGAAGGUUGGAUUCACCUUCCUUUAGGUUGCUUAUGAAAGGUAGUGGUGACUGUUAUGGGUCUUUCAGGAGUGACAUGUAUGGUGAUUUAGAUGAUGUUGAUGAGGAGAUCAAGCAGCAGAACAUGAGUAGUGGUGGCUCUUUGGCUCUUGUGAAGAAGCGAAGAGGACUAGGGUUUUUUGGGUUUAGCAGGAGAAGAGCUUUGAAAAGAAAAACAGAGUUUGGUACAGGUAGUUAUGUGUUUCCAUCUUCAGUGGACAGAGAGAGUGUAUGUGGAAGAAAAGAGGAGGAAGAAGGAGAAGACAAAAGCUUUGACUAUGGAGAUGGUGAUGGUAUUACUUGCAGCCAAAGCAGCAGGUUUUGUGAAGUGAAUAUUGCAAACAUUAGCAGAACAGGGAGCUUCUCUACUCUGCCUACACCACCUUCCUCUUCAAAGUCUCACUUCUGGGACUAAAGCAAGUGGUUCCAUGGAAAAACAAGAAGUCUACAGGUUAAGAUUCUGUUCUAUCAAAGAUUUGAAAGAUCAAACGUCAAACCCUUCUGAGUUUCGCAAGUCUCCUCCAACCCUUUGGUUUAUGAUACUAGUUUUUUCAAAAUUUUCAAAUGACAUUAUCAUUAAAAGAGUGUGAAGCCCAGCUUUUUCACGCUUGUCGUUGUUGUUGUGUUUGUGAUGGUUUAAAUGUUUUUGGAAUUUUUGUAAAGAGAAAGAGAGAAGUCUACGAUGUAUCAUGAUUAUGGGUCCAAGGGAUAUAUAUAUUCACAUCAUGUUUGUGCUUAUUUGGACCAGAAAACAAAGGAGAUUUUCUUUUAUAUGUAACCCAAGUGAUU